UUUCUACAACACAUUGGUACUCCCUGUUUCACCCUGGUGCUAUUACACAACUCGACUUUAGGAGGCGGGGUUAUUCCACGCGCAGUAAAACCGUGAGAAAGCAUUGAAACGUUGCUAAUUGUUUGGCUAAGAUUUGGAGUUUGCUGUAUUGUGACUGAAUUUAACAUUUGUAAUAUAACAUAGAUCACUCGAGUACGACUGAAGUAGGUAUCGAGCGCUUGUUUGUUUCUUCGAUAAAAACAACGAUCUUUAUAACACAGGCUAGUGAACAUCUGUCAUCAUGUCGACUGAUAAUUUCUGCGAAGAAGACGGCUAUGAUCGACAAGCUAAGAGAAUGAAAACUGAUGAGGAGGAGUACGGCGGCAACGAGGAGACUUUCAGCGGCAGUGAGCAAUACAGUGGUAACGGGGAGAGUGAAGGACAUGGACGGGCCCAGGGGUACUAUCGCGAGGAUGUCAAUGAAGGCCAGCACAAAGUUUCUGUUUCACCUGUUGUCCAUGUCCGAGGGUUAUGCGAGUCUGUGGUAGAGGCAGAUCUCAUUGAAUCACUUGAAAGAUUUGGAACAAUAUGCUAUGUAAUGAUGAUGCCAUUUAAGCGUCAGGCCCUUGUAGAAUUUGAAGAUGAAGAAAGUGCCCAGAGGUGUGUAUCAACGUCUGCAAAUGAGGCAGUGUAUAUUGCAGGCCAGCAAGCCUUUUUCAAUUACUCUACAAGCAAAAAGAUAACAAGGCCAGCAAAUACUGAAGAUCCAAACGGUGGCAACAAGGUUCUGCUUUUCUCUAUUCAGAACCCUCUUUAUCCAAUAACAGUGACAUUCUCGUACAACAUCUGUGAGCCAGUUGGCAACCCAUCUUUAAUUGCAUUUUUCAGACAAAGAGGAAUUCAGAUAUUGUUCACGUUUGAUACAGUUGAAUUUGCCAAGAAGGCAAAAUCAGCCCUUAAUGGAGCGGAUAUAUAUGCUGGAUGUUGUACUCUAAAAAUAGAAUAUGCAAGGCCAACUCAUCUUAAUGUAAUAAGAAAUGACAGUGAGAGCUGGGACUACACUAAACCAUUUCUCGGCAGGAAAGAACGAGGAAGGGGACGGCAGAGGCAAGCUAUUCUGGGAGACCACCCAUCAUCGUAUGGACCCUCCUCGUAUGGACCCUCCUCGUAUGGGCCCUCCUCAUAUGGACCCUCCUCAUAUGGACCCUCCUCGUAUGGACCCUCCUCGUAUACACCACCAUCCUAUGGAGAUGAUAGUUAUAAUUCAAAUGCAUCUCUCUUACCUCUGCCAAACCGAUACAGAAUGGGAUCUCGUGAUACACCUGAGUUAGUUUCUUACCCAUUACCACAAACCUCCUCUGGCUAUAUGCAUGGGAUGACUCCUCCUGGUGGUUCAGUUGCUAUGGUUAGUGGACUGCAUCCGGAGAAGAUGAACUGUACAAGACUCUUUAACUUGUUUUGCCUGUAUGGCAACGUUGAAAAGGUGAAAUUUAUGAAGACUAUUCCAGGCAAUGCCUUAAUAGAAAUGGGAGACGAGUAUGCUGUGGAAAGAGCAGUCACACAUCUCAACAAUAUCAAGUUGUUUGAGAAGAAAAUUAAUGUAUGUGUGUCCAAGCAACACUCCGUUGUACCAAGCCAAGAGUUUGACCUGGAAGAUGGCACAAGCAGUUAUAAGGAUUUCACAAUGAGCAAGAACAAUCGAUUCACCAGUGUUGGUCAGGCAUCUAAGAACAUCAUUCAGCCACCAUCCUGUGUGUUGCAUUUCUACAAUGUUCCGCUUACUAUAGAAGAGGAGACAUUUCACCGGUUAUGCCAAGAUCAUGAUGUACCAGAUUUCAUCAAAUACAAAGUGUUUGAUGCAAAACCUUCUGCCAAAACAUUAUCAGGGCUGUUAGAAUGGGAAACAAAGACUGAUGCUAUAGAAGCGUUGACCGUUCUUAAUCACUACCAGAUAAGAGUUCCAAAUGGUGCCAAUCCUUACACAUUGAAACUCUGCUUUUCUACAUCGUCUCAUUUAUGAAGAAUUUAAAAAGGUUUUUCAGGCAUUGUUGGUGUAUAGCUACAGCAGUAGUGCAAAGGAAAUAAAAAAAAAAAAGUAGUUUCUAAUUUACUUUGUAGUAACAACAAACAUUCAGCUGAUUAAAAACACUUUGGAGGAAAGAGGCUACCAAAAUAACACUAUGUUCUCUCCCCACCAGACUAAUCACUAAUUAGCAUUGUUUUUCAAGUUUGCAAAUUGUUUAUGAAUGUUUUUAUCAGUUUUGUUUGACAGACACAUGCAAUGAUGUACAGGUAGUGUCUCUCUUGUCUUUUAAGGUAAGAUUUAUUUUGCAGGUUGUCUCUGGACAGUAACUUAUCUGUAGGCCAAUGUAAGCCUUUUAAUUCUGAACAGGUGUUAACAAGGGACAAGAAUAUCAGGAUGGUGUAGUUCACCAGAUUUAUAACUACUGUGUAAAUAGUCUGAUAACCAUCCUGGUACAGAAGUGACAUUGAAGUUAUUUAUAUCCUAGUUGUAAGUUUAUCUAAAUGUUUUUAAAUAAGAGGGAUACUAAACUACUAUAUUCAGCUGAUUCUAAUGAUGCAGUAUAAAUCAGUUGUUCAGUAUCCUGCAUGCAUAUACAGAUUUUGACUAGCAUCAUUGGUCAUGUUUUGAAAUGUUCAUUUAUUUGAUUAUCUCUCUGUUUUUUGACAUGCACAACUGCUUAUGUCGUGGUAUGGUUCUCAAAAUGUUAACAUUUACAUUUGUUUUUAAUGACAGCUGACUUUUAAAAUAGCAGUGUUUGAAAUUAUAGUGAAUCUUAAUUAAAAGUCCUUGUCCCAUG